AUGAUGGUGCAUGAGGAGAGUGUAUCAACGGAAGAUGAACUCACACAAUUGGCUAGAUUCUUCGAGAGUGUCCUUGUGUCAGCCACAAUCUCUUCAUCAUGGCAUCUUUUGGCUUUGGCUGUUUAUCAAUAUUUUGGAAUAAUGUGGCCACUGAGAACAAAGAUCGGAGUAAGAAGGAAACAUUUCCGUUUUCUUUUUAUUUUUCUCUGGAUCACUCCAAUGAUUAUUCUCUUUGCCAAAUAUUCAAUUGAUCCAAAGGAUGGUUUAUUGGCGGAGAAAUGCGUCUCACAUUUCCGUGAUCGUUUCUCUCAUCGAAUUUUCGUGGCUGGACUGGUUUUGGUGCCUUUAAUUGUUACAAUUUCACUUUACAUUCGAAUCGUUUGUUAUCUUCGUGGCUCCUAUUCGAUGAUUAAAACAAAAAAUUGGACGCAAAUAACGGAAAACAGUGUCGAGAAUUUCCCGAAACUCGUCAACACGGCCGUCGUCAUUGUGAUUUCAUUCAUUGUCGGCUACGGGAUUCAUUCGAUACAUUCACCGCUGAUCUGCAAAGAAGGAUGUCCGUUCAGGCAUGGAAAGACAUGGAUAAUUUGGCUCGGAUUUCUCCAAUCUGAUUUGGUUAUUCUCAAAUUCGUGGCCAAUCCCUUCAUCUAUACUCUGCGAAUGAGCUGUUUCCGCGAGAGUAUCAGCUCGAUGAGUCAAAGCUUCAGCACAGCGCUUACAAGAAUGCGAGGCUCAUCUUUUCAACAAAUGCCGAAACAGGAAUCGAUUCGAAUGGGACAACUA